AUGUCCUGCUUCUUCCCCGGCCCUCGAGGGCAGAUCCAGCUCCCCGCAGACGAGGAGAUCAACGAGAAACAGCCCGUCGCCGCUGACGACCAUGAUGACCUCCUCGCGCCACCGCCACCGGUUUGCGCGUCCUUUGUCGAUAUGGACAAGCUCUUUACUGCUCUUGAGAGUGAAGAUGAACUCAAGAAGAGGUUGAAGGUAGUCAGGGAGAAGGUUGGGGAUGCGAAAGUGGAUUGGUACGUUGUGCCGAGCGAAGAUGAACACCAAUCUGAAGAAGUAGGCGACUCUGAGAAACGCCGUCAAUGCAUAUCCGGAUUCACCGGAUCAGCUGGUACAGCCAUCAUCCCUUCAUCGUUCGACCACGAAGCCCUCUUGUUUGUCGACUCGAGGUACUGGAUACAGGCAGAACAGCAAGUGGUGGAGGGAUGGAAAGUUGUCAGGGUUGGGUCGAAGGGUGGUAGUGGGAGGGGAGAUGUUGUAGGUGGUUGGGUUGAGUGGGCUGUUAAUGAAGCGGAGGAAGGAUCGCGAAUUGGUAUCGACCCAAAGUUGAUCUCACUCAGCCUCGCCCAGACGAUUCAAUCUCGUCUAACAUCGAUCGACUCCAAGACCACUUUGGUUCCCAUCUCUCAGAACCUGAUCGACAAGGUAUGGAACCCUCCAGCUCGAUCUACAGGCCCUAUCAAUGCCUACCCUCUUUCCCUCUCUGGCGAAGACACGCCCAGAAAGCUAGCCCGCUCUCGCGCCGCCUUGGCCAAAGCCAUCUCGGGCAACAACUCGACAAGCCAAGACUGGGUCUACAUCCUCCCCACACUCCCUGCUAUCGCAUGGCUUCUCAACUACAGAUGCCCGGACGACAUUCCAUUCUGCCCCGUGGCAUACGCCUACUUGGCUCUGACCCCCGACAAGUGUGUGAUCUUUGUGGAUCGGAAGAAGAUCACGGAAGAGCUGGGUAAUAGGUGGGAAGAUGAGGGGAUAGAGGUACGACCGUAUGGUGUUGAGCAAGUUGGGACCUUUCUGAAAGAGCUCGCCUCUGCACAAGAAGAGAAAUCCAAACUCCACAUCCUGGCUCCCCCAGAGUGUAGCUGGGCCCUCUCCCAUCUCACCCCAUCCUCCGCCCCUAUCCGCACCCUCUCCCCAUGCCCCAUCGACACCAUCAAAGCUAUCAAGAAUUCUGUUGAACAGCAAAACUUCCGUAAUGCGUAUCUGAGGGAUGGGCAUGCGAUGGUGAGGUGGUUUGCGUGGUUGGAGAAGGCUUUGAUGAAGGAUGGGAAGAAGGUGGGUGAGUGGGCUGCGGCGAUGGCGUUGGGGAGGGAGAGAAGGAGGGAAGAGAACUUUGCUGGGCUGGCAUAUGAUGAUAUCUCUGCAUCUGGACCCAACGCAGCCUCGCCUCACUAUGUACCUCACAGAGGUACAGACCGCCUAAUCGACCCCGAGACAACAUACCUCAUCGACUCUGGUGCUCAAUACCUCGACGCCACAAUCGACACCACCCGCACCCAUUUUUUCGGAUCCAACCCCUCUCCAGAGAUCAAGCGCGCUUAUACUAGAGUGCUGCAAGGGCAUAUUGCGGUCAGCCGAGCCAAGUUCCCUAGAGGGAUGCCAGCGGAUCGGCUGGCAAUGUCGGCGAGGGAGAAGCUGUAUGAAGAAGGACUUGAUUUUGGGCAUGGUGUAGGACAUGGUGUCGGCUCGUAUCUUGCUGUCCAUGAGAAUCCCAUGUUUCCCAAGAAUAGUGCUUUCGAGCCUGGCCAUGUGACGACUAUCGAACCGGGUUAUUACAAGGAGGGCGAAUUCGGUAUCCGCAUCGAGAGCGUCCUGCUCUGCAAACCUGUUGAGGUUGAAGAAGGCCAACCACCCUCCGACUUUCUGACAUUCGAACGCAUCACCCAAGUCCCCAUCCAAACCACCUUGGUCGACUGGGCUCUCAUGGCCAAGUACGAAGCGAAAUGGAUCAACGACCACAACAGGUCGGUGCAAGACGCUUUGGAGCCGCUCUUGCAAGCGGACGAGGAUAAGGAUGCGUUGGAGUGGUUGAAGAAGGAGUGUAAGGGGCACAAGAUUUGGCCAUGGGAUGGUAUCUGA